CGCGAUCGGAGUCAGUUGGCCGACGCAAGCCGCGCGUGUUGGAGCUUUUGGUGUGUAGGCUUGUUUACGGUGGUAACGUGGUUCUCUGUUCCACGCGUGUCUCGUGCAAUGAAAUGCACGAGUAAGAACCGCACGAUUCGCGUUCCGUUUCUUGGUCCAACCUAUCAAUUGCUUCGAAAAGGUACGAGAUAGUCACGAGUUUAUGGAUGACGUUUGUUCCGUUGAAUCCACCAAUGAUCCACGGAGGAGAAUCGAAGCACGAUCGAACACGCUGUUUACGUACUGCAUGGAUGAUAGGGCAAGUGUCAGUGAAGUGGGGGUUGAAGUGGCGGUACAGUGGAUAAACAAAGAAAGUGAUACGUUGAAAAAUAUCGGUGAGGUUCUCGGUGCUAGUGGAUUUUUCAAAAGGCGGCUACGGCUUCAGGAUUCGUCUGCCGGUGUCGAAUGUAAUUUACCGGCACCGAGAGAUACUCCGAUUCAAGUGCAGCGAUCAGUCCCGAAAUUCACCAAUAUUCGUGUAUCGUCGUCGAUGUAAGAUGAACGAAUGACCCGCGUGACGGUAACACGUACGCGAUGAGGCCGAAAUCGUGUUUCUUGUUUCUGUUGUUCUGUGUGCUGCUACCAGGCCUGGUGCGUCCAUUCACAUCCGGCGAAGAAGGUGAUGAUGCCGCGGAGGACGAGGAUUCGUACCUCUUGGAGGACGACGACGACGUACCAUCGGCCACGAUAGCCACGGAUACCGAGCUGAUCUCGGAAUCGGGCGGUCAUCUGCCGGUCUUUCUCACGGAACCAGUCGAUUCCUUCGUGGUUAAGAACAAACCAGCCACGUUACAUUGCAAGGCUGCUCACGCGUUGCAGAUCUAUUUCCGUUGCAACGACGUCAGAGCAGACGAAUCGCAACAGCAAGAUUUUGUGGAUCCCCAUACUGGGACCAGGAUAGUCGACUGCGAGCUAAACGUAACCAGAGAUCACAUCGAGGAGUACUUUGGGAGAGACAAGUACAAGUGCGAAUGUUUCGCAUGGUCAGGAUCCGGACAAAUUAAAAGUCAACCAGCGAUCGUCGAUGUUGCCUACUUGAAGAAACAGUUCGAGUCUCCGCCGUACUCUGUAUCCGUCGAGGCGGGACAAAGCACCGAACUGAGGUGUCUACCUCCGGUGGGAGUGCCAUCGCCGAGGGUCUACUGGUUAAGAAAUAACGUUCCCGUCGACACGGAGUCGGAUACGCUGUUGGUAUCGAGCGAGGGACAUCUUCUCGUUGGUCAGGCGAAACUUGGCCAUCAAGCGAAUUACACUUGCGUUGCGGAGAACAUUGCCGCCAAGAGACUGAGCGAGCCCGUCAGCUUGACGGUUUACGUGAACGGCGGAUGGUCCUCGUGGUCAGCCUGGUCGGAGUGUCACUCGAGAUGCGCCAAAGGAGGCCAGAAGAGGACGAGAACGUGUACGAAUCCUUUGCCGAUGAACGGGGGACAACCCUGUCUCGGACCAUCCCAGCAAAAGAUGGACUGUAAUACCGCUUGCCCCGUCGGCGUGUCGGAGGAGUUUACCAACACUUUAGUGGUGGACGGAGGAUGGUCCAGAUGGUCGGCAUGGUCAGUGUGCGGAAGUGACUGCACGCAUACCAGAAGAAGAUCGUGCGACGAACCGCCGCCAAGCCAUGGUGGCCGAGUUUGUCAGGGUAGGGAUAUCAGCGUAACGAAUUGCACAGGCGGCAUGUGCAACGCCGGCCCCGGUGGUGGCAACGGCGGCGCGAGACUGGGUGGCACGCACUUGACCGAACAAGCGAAUCGCCAGAUGGAUGUGGCUCUGUACGUUGGUCUGACUGUCGCCUGUCUGGUAAUCGGUGGACUGGCAUUUUUCUUAGCGAAGCUUCUGAGGCGCAAAGGUCGAGACCAUUCUCUUUACUCCAUGGCCCGUAACGAAUUCCAGCCAGAGUUCUUCCCGGACCAGGACAAGAAAGUGAGCCUACAGCCGGAUGUAACGGCGACGAGCGUGCCGGCUUGCUACGAGUAUCCUUUCGACCCGAAGUUGUCGAUGUCGAGAUCCCUUUCCGAGCACCAUUACGACGUUCCACAUCUCUCGAUCGGGCCGCAACCCUCGGCAAUGUCGCCGACCCCGAGCACCUCGACCCAGGAGUCCUGCAGCGACAAACAAAUUCAUUCCGACUGCGAGAACAGCGUCGCUAGUUCCUACCCGUCCUCCGAUUCCACGUAUAACGUCGCCUCGGAAAGCGUUAGGCUGCCGAAGCUGGAGACCGGAAACGUAGCUGGAGCGGCGGUGAAUACGCGCGGCGCGUUACUGGUGCUUCCGGACGCCGGAAUAUCGAUGUCGGUGCCCGAGGGAGCUGUGCCUAAACCACUUAGGGAGGAACUCUACCUGGCGGUGCUCAACGAGGAUCGGUUCAGGCCCCGAUUACCCGAUGGUAUCACGCAAUUAUCCGCGGUGGUAACGUGCGGGCCUUCGUCGGCAACCUUCAACAAGCCUGUGAUUCUUCAAUUCGAACAUUGCGCGAUGCUUCAUCCGGCUACGUGGGAAUUGAGCGUUUGGGCGUGCGACGGGUUGAGCGUCGAGGACGGGACGGCGAUCGUGUCCUCGAAAGACUAUCAAUCGAUGAUUACGUGGACCAGGGUGCUAACUUUAGGCAACGAGACGAUCAACACGCCUUUGUUCACGCAGCUGGAUCACGCGGAAGCGUUCAUCGUGACCGAGCAGUUGCGGGGUUACGUUUUGGCUGGGCAGAGCUGCGAGAACUCGAUCGCAACAAAGAGAUUACGAUUGGCGUUGUUCGCGAGCCAGGCCGGCCAAUGCUGCGUAAGGGUGUACGCUGUCGAGGACACCAAGGCAGCGAUGAAGGCGAUCCUCGAUCGAGAAUCGCAAAUCAGGGGAUAUCUGUUGGACAAGCCGCGAACGUUGCUCUUUCAAGACAACGGAGAGUCGCUUUGCGUCAGCUUGGAAGAGGUUGGCAACGAAUGGCAGAGCAAAUCGCAAUCGGACCGACAGGAAAUCGGUUUCCGGGACGCGUGGAAUUGUCAAGAGAACACGAAACACGUAACCUUUAGUUUGGACGCAGCCUUCGGACCUACCUCCACCAGAAGCUACAAGCUUCAAGUCUCGCAGGGGAACUCGGACACGAGGCAGGUGUUCAGGAUUGUCUACGACGGCGCGAAACAAUUGAUUUCCUCCGGAAGCGUCACCAGGCCGCUCAGAGAGGUGACCGUGGUCAGCAGCGGGCAUGCUAAUAACGCGACCACGGACUCUACUACCCUGAGACCGUUUCGGUUUACCAGGUCCCUGAGGAAGCAACUUUGCCAGUGUCUCGACCCACCGAACGCUCUGGGUAACGACUGGAGAAUGCUGGCGCAGAGGCUUCAAGUUGAUAGGUACAUUAAUUAUUUCGCGACGAAAUCCAGUCCGACCGAACAUAUCCUGGAUCUUUGGGAAGCAAAGCAUCACGAACCCACAGCCGUGACGGACUUGUUGAACCAUCUUCGAGUGAUGGGCAGAACGGAUGCAGCCACGAUUUUGGAAGCGCAACUCGGUCCGUGGCUUUGAACUGUGCAAGGUGUCGGGGUGUCAUACUCUCGGGACAUAUCCAGUGGUGAGUGAAAACGAAGAAGCGCCCGCGUAGACGGCCAAAGUGAACAGUGAUUCAACGAGUGGUCAACACUGAACACUAAAUUCCUCGAUCUCGUACAAGUCGGUUCUCUGGGCAAACUCGUCCAAACGCUGCCUUAAUUGCGCGCAACUGUUGCGUAUUUUGUACAUACUACAUACAUACUACCUAGACCGCGACGACACGACGAGAAACGAUACGUUUACCGCGAAAUCGUACCUAAUAAUCGUCAACGAAGUUACUAGAACUGUGCAUUUAGAUGGAUAUACAUAUAUGUACAUACGUAUUAAAGAUUUGCGAGCAAAUGACAAUGAAUAUAUCCAUUUAGACGGAUGUUUAUAUAUAAAUAUAAAUAGAUAGACGGUUAAGUAGAUAGGUAGGUAGAGGAGAUCGAACGAGGAACGAGCGAAAGCGAAAGAUUGGCAUCGUUCCACUGCGAUACAAAAAAAAAAAAGAGAAAAAAAACACGAAAAAUUGAAGGUAAAUGGAACGCGUUUUAUCGAUUUGUUACAUGGACUCACGGGCACGAGUGGCCAGUGAUAUCUCGGAGGAUGAUCGUGCCAAAAUUCUCACUCUGGGUUUCGAAGAAGAAACGUUUCUGUUGAUGUUUGUAUCCACAGUUUGUUGAAAAUGACGUGUUUCUUUCGUGCCCGUCGACAAUACGUGCCGCCCGCGCCGGUAUACGAUUUUUUUUUAAGAAAAGUAGUAAGAACGAUCGGGUGCGGACGUUCGAUCGGAUUAGAUCGAUCUCGAUUGCGAUACAUCGAAUCAUUUUAAUCGACACCAGUUUAUUUGGAAGAACUGUAUAUUUGUUACUUUCGACGAAUAAAAUAUUCUUGUAUACCUUGAA